GCGGACGGCCCCGCAGAGCCGAGGAUGGGAGGAGAUCGGAGCGUCUGAGCCGCACUCGCAGCCUCCUCGCUUCUCCGCUCCGCGCCUCGCUCUCACGGCCUGCCCGCCCUGCUGCCCGCUCGCCCCCCAGAACAUCUUCCACCAUGACCACCUCGGCGAGUUCCCACUUGAACAAAGGCAUCAAGCAGGUGUACAUGUCCCUGCCUCAGGGUGAUAAAGUCCAAGCUAUGUAUAUCUGGAUUGACGGUACUGGAGAAGGACUGCGAUGCAAGACCCGGACCCUGGACAGUGAGCCCAAGUGUAUAGAAGAGUUGCCAGAGUGGAAUUUUGAUGGCUCGAGUACUUUACAGUCUGAAGGCUCCAACAGUGACAUGUAUCUUGUCCCUGCUGCCAUGUUUCGGGACCCUUUCCGCAAGGACCCCAACAAGCUGGUGUUCUGUGAAGUCUUAAAGUACAACCGCAAACCUGCAGAGACCAAUUUAAGAUAUACCUGUAAACGGAUAAUGGACAUGGUGAGCAGUCAGCACCCCUGGUUUGGAAUGGAGCAGGAGUAUACUCUCAUGGGCACAGAUGGGCACCCUUUUGGUUGGCCUUCCAAUGGCUUCCCAGGCCCCCAAGGCCCGUACUACUGCGGCGUGGGAGCAGACAGAGCCUACGGCAGGGAUAUUGUGGAGGCUCACUACCGGGCCUGCUUGUACGCCGGCAUCAAGAUCGCGGGGACAAAUGCCGAAGUCAUGCCUGCCCAGUGGGAAUUCCAGAUAGGACCCUGUGAAGGAAUCGACAUGGGAGAUCAUCUCUGGGUGGCCCGUUUCAUCUUGCACCGAGUGUGUGAGGACUUCGGAGUGAUAGCGACCUUUGAUCCCAAGCCUAUCCCCGGGAACUGGAAUGGUGCGGGCUGCCACACCAACUUCAGCACCAAGGCCAUGCGGGAGGAGAACGGUCUGAAGUACAUUGAGGAGUCCAUCGAGAGGAUGAGCAAGCGGCACCAGUACCACAUCCGAGCCUACGAUCCCAAGGGGGGCCGGGACAACGCCAGGCGCCUUACUGGAUUCCACGAAACCUCCAACAUCAACGACUUUUCUGCUGGCGUGGCCAACCGGAGUGCUAGCAUCCGCAUUCCCCGGGCUGUGGGCCAGGAGAAGAAGGGUUACUUUGAAGACCGGCGCCCCUCUGCCAACUGUGACCCCUUCGCCGUGACAGAAGCCCUCAUCCGCACGUGUCUUCUCAACGAAACUGGCGAUGAGCCCUUCCAGUACAAGAACUGAGCGGACUAGACUCGCAGCCGUCCAGCCCCUUCUGAUUAACUCUUCGUCCCGCUCUCGCCCCUCUCAACUGUCAUAACAGCUGUAACUCACAGGGCAGAAUAUCAAGGUCUUUUUUUAUUCCUUGUGCCCCGUUAAUAGCUCUUGCUUUCUUUGGCCAGGUUAGAGGGGUCAAGUUCUUAAUCUCUUCACACACACACCCUUUUUUCCCCUAUCACUGAAGCUUUCUCUAGUGUGUUAGUGGGGAGGGGGUGGGGGAACAUAACCACUGCUUCACUUAAUCAGGUGUUUGUCCAACAGGCGUAGCUAUCCGGACAGAGCAUAGUGUUUGUGAAGGGAGGGAGAGGACCUUUUUCUUCAAGGUAGCUGAAGGGGGCGGGGGUGCUCAGCUUAUAAUGUGGUUAGGUUAGAUACUCCCUCUUGGUGGGAAGUUCCAUUUCUGCAAAGGUCAUAACCAGUUUUCUAAUUAAAGUGACAAUUCGGAAAGCAUGGGAGUCAGGCAGGAAGGUGCCCUCUCACCCUGGGGUGCCCCCUGGCCUGGGGCUAAGGCCCUCACUGGAAGACAAGCUCAGCAUAAAGGGGUGGGGUCCCUACCUGAGCAGAAAAAGUUCUCAUUGCUUGGUCCUCCAUUUAUAACACAAAUCAGAGUAGUAUUUUUAUAUUUAAAUGCAAAAACAAAAAAAUUAUAUAUAUGGGUGUGCGGAUAAGUGUGCUUUUUCUGAAGGAGAAAAACCAUCCUGGUCACUGGGAGCCAGAUUUGAGGCGAGUGGUCGGGUUAGCAACAAGGCUCUCCUUUUUUGGGGUGGGGGUGAGGGUGGUGGUGCCUGACAAGUUGGCUGUUAGGGUCUGUUAGACCCUCACUACCAUUUAAGGGUUUCUGUGCCCUGCCCGCCCUUCUGGAGGGGUGCACACUGGUCAGCUCACAGGAGGAAGCGGUGGUCACGGCAGUCACCCGAGCCCGUGGCGUUGGUUGAAAGACACACGUAUGCACAGGGGUUUAGAAAUAUGAGUUGGCUGGUCAACUUGAGCAUGUAUGUUACUGACAUGGAGGUAUUGGGUUAUUUCCUGGGGGACUAGCAUGUCACUAAAGCAGGCCUUUUGAUAUAUUAAAAAAAUUUUUUAAAAGCAAAACAAGUUUAGAUUUUAAUCAUAUUUGUAGGGAUUUGAAAGUCUGUCUUACAGAAUUGCUUGUCUGCUUCCACUGUCCCCAUCUCUGCUUCGGGCAGGGGGACAGGACGAGGGUUAAACGUAAUUUUGUAUCCUGGUGUCUCUUCUGUGGGUGAAAUAUUCCUUUCGUUAAGAUUCUGAGGAGUUUUUUUUUUUUUU